AUGACAUCCAGGCAAGCAGCAUGCGAAGUGUGCCGCAAGGCCAAGCUUGCUUGUGACCACAAGAGGCCUGCCUGCACACGCUGCCUCAACACAGACAAGGGAGACCGGUGCUCAUAUCGAGAGAGCCCGUUCAAGCGCAAACAACCACGUGUUUCACCAACCAGUCGCGUUGAGACAAGACGUACUCGGAGCUCUCGUCCAGAGUUGGCAGCCUUUCCAUCAGUGCCCUGUGGGAAGCCAACCCGUCAGCCAUACCCAAACCCUGGAUUUAUGGGUUAUUCUAGUCAUACCACCAUCUUUAAUCACAUUUCCACAAAUGAAGAUGCAGCUGAAUCCGCUGGCUCCCCUAUCCAAAUACCCGAAGGCUCUGACUCGGAAGAAGACGACUUGAUCCCUCGAGGGGGGUUAUUAGUAUCAAAGAUAUUAGCUAAAUGUGAUAUAGAAGCUAUGCGUGAUUUAAUUCAAUUUUGGCUUGCCAGAGACGUCAAUUUAGCAUUGGCCGGACCUUUCGUUCAUCGUUGUGCAGAGAGCGCCGUCCACUUUGCAAAACAUGCAAAGACGAUGUCUCGGGAAUCAGAACAGGACGCGUUGGCCAGAGUUUUGUUCCACAACUCAGCCCAACCCUUAGAUCCGAGUCGAGGUUUUCACGUUGACAAUUAUAUUGAUCAAUUCGCGGAAGAUAAUACUCGUUGGGAGACCCUAGGUCUCUUUUUCAUCGCAGUUGCUCGAGCAACUUUUGACAUACCAUUCUUCCCAUCCUUGUACCGAGAUACCAGACAGCAGCUGCGAGUGCGCAAGCUUGUCUCUAGCCUCUCUGACAGUUGUGUGGAUUGCUGCUUGUCUCUAAGUCGCCUCAACGAUAUUCAACUUGUCCUACAGUAUGAGAACUUUAUCAUGCACUCUUAUGUCGAUGGCCUCCAUUGCUACGAAUAUUGGAAGAGACUGGGUGAUGUCAUUUCUUGUUUGUAUGCUCUAGGUUACGAUCAACGAAUCGUGUCUAGUCCAGACACUCCCGAGUUUGUUGCAGAGUUGAGGCGGACGGCCUUCGCCCGAAUCUACUCGGCCGAUAAGAACGUCGCCCUCUUUCUUGGCCGCCCACCUCGGAUCAGCAAGAGAUUUUGCCAUUUCCAGUUCCCCAUGAACCCGAAGCAAACCGAGAGCCGUAUGCUAAAUAAAACAUCUCCGUGCUGUGAAUGGGAUCAAGGAACAAGGAUUAGCUAUAGAGCUGAAACACGAUGGUCAGCGCUAUGUGCUUUUCAGAAGGAAGAAUUGAUCGAGCUCCUCUUCGAUAAACAAGUCGUUGACUCUGAUACAAGGUUGAGUAAGAUUAAGGAGCGAGAAGCGGCCCACUGGGGAGCACUUCCUGUCAGCUUUCGAUACGAAGGGAGCCUUAAGGAUUACCCUUAUAGCCCCUUUGAACGAGAUUUUGUAGCGAGUAUAAGACUCAACCACUUACAUGUCCUCUUCUUGGUACGGCUGCUGCACUUGGAUCGUUUAGCAGAGCCGGAUGAGCCCAUCGUCGAAAUAGCGAAGGAAAUGACGAACCUCAUUGUCGAGGUUAUUCUCUUUCGAGAACAGCUAGCAAAUUCGGGCACGAGCCUCAUCUGGAAGAUCACCUGCUAUGGGCUUCCUGCAAUCGGAAUUCUCCUCAUGUCAUUGAUUCGACAGCAUCGGACGGGCACGAACUCGUGGGCUUCACAAACCCACACUCUUCGCAAUCUUAGUGCUUUUGUGGCUGAAAUUGAACUGGGAACAAUCAUUAGGCCCGGUGAUCCCAACUAUAAACUGCUCAUCAAGGCGACUCGCAUUAUUCGAGGUUUUCUCGACUCCCCUCAUUCUGGUGAUGAUCAAUUAUUCGACAAGUCGGGCCUUUCAUCAUUUGUUCUAGACUCUGCAGAGUUUGAUCCCCAUAUUGGUAUCGACACUUUGGACUUUGAGCUUGGAUUCUGGCAGGAUAUUGCAGACCUGACUUCAUUUCGAGACAUUGUCCCGUGA